GUAAGCCCAAUAGGUGUUCUUUCGUCUUCCAUUUUUCACAAUCUUUGACGAGAGAAUCGCCUUUCGCCGAUCUUUUUCUCCCAACAGAUUUUCAUCCUUUUUUACUCCUGUAAUAUGGGAGAUUACUCAAUCCAGAUCACUCCGAAGCUGAUCAAUCAGUUAGCUCAAGGCAACGAAAAACCGAAGAGAAAGGCAAAGAGAACCAAACCCAAAGUCUCACCUCCACAGAACAAUGCAGAUCAAGCGAGAACACACCGUGAUGCAGAGAAACCGAAGCCAGUGGCAGAGUUGCCGACCCAGACCCCACCUUUCUUCUUCCCAAUUCCGCAACGAGGAGCACCAAACACGGAGCUGGAAUCGAUCAAAUCCGUGUUGAAAGAGAGUGAGAAGGUUCUUGAGAAGGUGGAGAGACAAGAAAAGAACAUUGUCGAUGAAGUGACAGAGAGGGCUAAAGAUCUGAGGGAGAAAGAGUUUAAGAUCCCUGAACCGAAACCAAUGCCUUGCUCUUCGGAUCACGAAGCCUGGAAGAAAUGCUACGAGGAGAACGUUGGCAACCCGUUGAUAUGUAGCGGACUGGUUAUGAGAUUCCAGGAUUGCGCUCGCUGGUCCAGACAGCAAGUGAGUCCUGCGCAAAAGUAGAGAUAAAAUGUUCUUUUUUUUUGGCUUUCUGAGAUCUUAUGAAUAAUCAGGAGAAAUGAACUUGUUCCUUUUUGUUACUCUAAUAAAUAUAUAAACUGAUUCUGUGGUUAUAUUCAUGAGA